AUGAAGUGCGUCGGAGUUUUGUGUUUAUUGUCGGUGGUGGCUAUGGUAGCAGCCAGACCAGAAACAUACACAGAUCGUUUUGAUAAUAUCAACUUGCAAGAAAUUAUCAACAAUCAUCGGUUACUCAAGGCUUACAUUAACUGCGUACUGGAAAAAGGAAAAUGCACGAACGAGGGCCGUGAACUUAAGACACACAUCAAGGAUGCUAUUGAGAACCGAUGUGACAAGUGUACUGAAGCCCAACGUAAUGGUACAAAGACUGUGAUUCGUCAUCUCAUUAACCAUGAACCAGCUUCUUGGGAAGAACUGGUCCAGAAAUACGACCCUGAGAGGAAAUACGUCGUUAAAUACGAAACAGAACUUAGAGAAGUCCUUAAAGAGUAG